AUAAAGUAGACAUUAGAAAGAACAGAACACAGAGCAGAGAAAGAGAGAUGUUUUAACAGACAAAGCACUGGCCUUAAGCAUUGAAGAUACUGGUGAAUCUUCAUCGGUCUUAGAUCCAUAGCAGCUUCAGAUUGAGGUGCAUGAACAUCAUCAGUGUCAUGAUCGCUUCAAUUUUAUCGUGCCAAUUCGUUAAGAACGAGAAACAAAAGAGAGUGUGCAUGUGACUGAUGAACUUGAUCUUCCGCUCCACUUUAAAUUCCUUGAACUCCUCAAUGAUUGCAACAUAUCCAACAACGUAAAAAUCUCAUCAUUUCUUGGUUUUCUCGAAAUUUUGUUACGCGGGUCGUUCUAAUUUCCUUUGAAUUUGGACUGCCUUAGAUAAAAUGUUCACCUUCGGUGGGUCUCUCAUUUGAGUGCAUGAACAUAAGGCAAUUGAGAACGGUUAUUUCAUGAGUGAUGGGGGAGCACGUGGCAGCAUUGCACACUGCUACCAACGCAGUGGAAGCAUUAGGUAGAGGCUUCGAUGUGAACUGCGAUACCAGGUUGCUGUAUUGCAAAGGAGUGGCAGGGUCUAGGGUGAUCCAUUUUGAUGAAGAACACGUGAGGGAAUUGUGGUUGUACGAUGAUGUGGUUGUUCCAAAUGUUUCAAGGGACAUUGUUAAGGAUUCUCAAAGUCAAGAGCCUGUUGGGCGUUACAGUUCUGGGGUUUUUAGUUUCCAUGAGAUGGUGGAAUAUUUUAAUCAGAAGGCAAAUAUAACAGAAAGCUUUCCACUUGGGACAUUUAAUUCUGCGUUUAGCUUCACUGCUUCAAAACACAUUGAUGCAUCUGAGACAAAAUCCCUUUCUUCAGAUGGGUUUUACGUUCCCCUUGCAAAAGUUCGGCUUGUAAAUUCUCACUUGAUGUUGCAAGAAAAUGUCAAAAGGGCCAUCCCAGUCAAAUGGGAUCCGCCAUCCUUGGCAAGCUUUAUUGAAAACUUUGGGACACAUGUCAUUACAUCCGUAACUAUUGGAGGUAAGGAUGUUAUUUAUGUUAAACAACACCAUACUUCACCUUUGUCAACGUUGGAGAUAAAGAACUACAUUCAAGACAUUGGAAAUCAGAGGUUCUCUGACAUCAAUAACCAUGCAUGUUCACCUGAAACAAAAUCCAAGGAUAAGGAUGUCAGAGUCAUUUUCAGAAGGAGAGGAGGCGAUGAUUUGGAACAAAACCACAUUAUGUGGGUCAGAACAGUUUGGUCCUCCCCAGAUGUAAUUGAGAUGACUUUCUGUCCUAUAACAGAUAUCCUUGAUGAAGUACCUGGAAGGGAGCAUUUGACUCGUGCUAUUGGUCUCUAUCUUGAAUAUAAACCUCCCAUCGAAGAACUUAGAUAUUUCUUAGAGUUUCAAAUUACUCGCGUUUGGGCUCCUUUUCAAGACAGGAUUCCUGGAUAUCAAAGGAAGGAACCUUUGUGCCCAUAUUUGCUUUUCAGCAUAAUGGGGCAGAAACUUUAUGUUAGCCAAGAGCAGAUCACAGUUGGACGUAAACCAACUACCGGCUUACGUCUGUAUCUUGAUGGAAGCAAGCAGAAUCGGUUGAGUGUUCAUGUUCAACACUUGACGUCCUUGCCAAAGAUCCUUAAGCCAUAUUGGGACACCGAUGUAGCCAUUGGUGCUCCCAAGUGGCAGGGACCGGAGGAACAAGACAGCCGGUGGUUCGAGCCGGUUAAGUGGAAGAAUUUUUCUCAUGUGUGCACCGCACCAAUUGAGAAUCCUGAAACGUUUACUGAGGACUUCUCUGGUGUCUCUGCUGUCACGGGGGCGCAGCUUGGUGUGUGGGAUUUCGGGUCACGGAAUGUGUUGUACAUGAAGCUCUUGUUUUCAAGGCUACCUGGUUGCACAAUCAGAAGAUCAAUAUGGGAUCACACCCCCAACUCUGAUAGCUCAAGACUUGGUUCCAAAAAGAAUGUCUCAGAGAACAAGUUGUUCAAGUAUGUUGAUUUGUCCGAAAUGUGCAAAGGGCCACAGGAUCCUCCUGGCCAUUGGUUAGUCACUGGUGGAAAGCUUGGUGUUGAGAAAGGGAAAAUUGUUCUGAGGGUGAAAUAUUCGUUGCUGAAUUACUGAUUUAGUUCACUUUCCAUUGCUUCUGUUAGGAGGUGUGCCUUUUGGACGUGAAAAGUUGUGCAUGUAGAACUUUCUGCAUAUAUUUCAUGGGAGUUAGAACUUGUUUCCACCAAGGAAACAAGAGGGUAGCAGACAGACAGACAAGGAAAGGGAAUAAGAAAAGUUCAACAUCCUUAUCUUCUAUCGGACUCUUUUGUGGGGCAUUCAUUCCCUGCACAAUUGUGCAUAUCUUUAUACUUUAUACGUAGUUGCACUCGCUUGGAGCAUGAUGCACAAAUUUGUGCAUCUAGAGUUAUGUAACCAAAUUUACUUAUUGGCCUAUUUGUAAUGUUUUUCACAAGGUAAUUUGACUAAUUUCAUUAAUUUUGGGAUUGAAGGCAA